AUGUCAAAGAUCGCUGAAAAGCUUAAGCAGCUUAAGAACUCUAAUGAGGGGUUUGUGUCUUUGGAAUUUUUCCCACCAAAGACGGAAAGCGGUUUGACUAACUUGCUUCAGAGAAUAGAACGUUUAUCUGUUUUGAAACCUCUUUUCGUCAGCAUCACUUGGGGUGCAGGAGGUAGUACCGCAGAAAAGUCUUUAGAAUUAGCCGCUUACUGUCAGAAGGAAUUGAACCUCACUGUCUGUUUGCAUUUGACCUGCACCAACACCAACAAAGAAAUUAUCGAUAAUGCUUUAGCGAAAGCUAAGGAAUCAGGAAUCCGUAAUAUUUUAGCAUUAAGAGGUGAUCCACCGAGAGCUGAGGUGCUAGAUGACUCCAUCGGCAGUUUGAAUAAGGAUUUCCAAUAUGCCGCAGACUUGGUUAGGUAUAUUAGACACGAGCACGAUGACUACUUUUCCAUCGGGGUUGCUGCGUACCCUGAUGGUCACGUCGAUGGAUCAGACAACUCUUUCCAAGAUUUUGAAAAGGAUAUCCCUUAUUUGGAAGAGAAAGUCAAAGCUGGUGCCGACUUCAUUAUUUCUCAAUUAUUUUUUGAUGUAGAUCAAUAUUUGAAAUUUGAGUCAAAAAUUUUGUCAACUGAGUCAUUGGCAAAUAUCCCAAUGAUCCCCGGACUCAUUCCAAUUAACAACUACCAGCUAUUUAAAAGAGUCACAAAGCUCUCUCAUGCCACAAUUCCUAAAUCUGUUUUAAACAGAUUCCCAGUGUCAGUGCAAAGUGAUGAUAGAAAAGUCAAGGAAAUCGGGGUAGAAGUGUUGGAUGAAAUUAUUAGUGAUUUGUAUAAGAGAUCCAACUCUCCUAUAAAAGGUUUCCAUUUUUACUCAUUGAACUUGGAAAGUUCCAUUGCCAAAUUGGUGAAAAAAUCUCCAAUAUUACAAGAAUAUACACAUAUUGCCGCCGAUGACACCAAUGCUAUUGUUGCAUCCGAAAAGGACAAAAGUACUUCUUCUGCAGCCAGUGAGAUAUCUAAUUUCAAUUUAUCGAAAAAGGAUAUUCUUGCUAUAUCUACAGGUAUCGGUACUCUUGGUAAAGAGGCCACUUGGGAUGAAUUUCCAAAUGGUAGAUUUGGUGAUUCCAGGUCGCCUGCAUAUGGUGAAAUUGACGGGUAUGGUCCAUCUUUGAAAAUCCCAUUUGGUGUCAAGAACCCAUUAAGCAAAGAGCUUUGGGGAGUGCCACAAAACCUUGGGGAUAUCGGAAACUUGUUUAUUGAUUAUUUAUCUAAAAAGAUCCCAGCCUUACCUUUUUCAGACUUGGAAAUUAGUGCGGAAACCCUUUUAAUCCAGGAAGAAUUAUUCCAAGUUAAUGCCAAAAAUUGGUUCUCAUUAUCAUCACAACCAGCAUUGAAUGGUUGUCUGUCAACCGAUAGUAUCUUUGGAUGGGGUGCUAAGAAUGGUUAUUUGUACCAGAAAUCAUAUAUUGAAUUGCUUGUGUCGGAGAAUGAUUGGAAAAGGGUUUUGAAGCCAAAGAUUGAUCAUUAUAAUGAAUCUGUUGAUGAUACAGAUAGCAAUUGCAACAAAACAAUCAGCUAUUAUGCCGGCAAUGCUGCCAAGGGUGUUGCUGUGGAGACAAAUAUCAGUGUUGACAAUCGUUCCACCGCUGUCACUUGGGGGGUCUUCCCUAACAAGGAAAUUGUGCAAUCUACAAUUAUUGAAGAACAAUCUUUCAGAGCAUGGAAGGAUGAAGCGUUUGGCAUCUUAGUAGAAUGGGCUAAUUUGUACUUGAUUGAAUGGAAGAAUUCUACAGAUGCGGAUAGCAAGAAGUACGAAACUGCAUACAAGUUGAUCAAAAGCAUACAUGAUGAAUUUUACUUGAUCACUAUUUUCGACAAUAAUUUCCAAGAUGAAGAUGGGUUAUGGAGUUUGUUAUCGGAGUGA